CUCCAGACGAAACUCGCAAUCCUCUUGUGACAAGGCAGAAGAGGCUGAUAUCCGAACGAGCAAAACAUCCCUUCCCACGACCGACGACAGAUCUUGGCAAGCCAAGCAGAACUCCAGCGUAUUGAAGCAGCGUGCACGCCAACGCUCCACGGGUUCAUACCAAGCGCCAGCCAGCGCGGAGCAGGUUGCUGUCAUCUCGACUUUCCCGCGACAUCAGAUUGCUUCAGGGCCGCCUGGCGUUCACUGGUCAUAGUUGCACAUCACCAUGCUGUUGCCCAAGAGCGGCGUAUCAUGGAAGGCGGCUAAGGCCAGGCUGCCCCCGACCAGAGCCGUCUGGACUUUUCUCACGCGCACCCGCUUCCUGCUGGUCGUCGCCAUAGUCGGCCUCGUCAUCUUAUUAUGGAGAGGUGUCACAGGCACGGCAGAAGACCUGCAAAAGUUCUACUGCUUCGGUCCGGCCAAGUCGCCCAUGCAAAUGACGCCAAAUGAGCAGAUGCUAUGGACCGGCAGCCUGCAGACUCCCGUCAUCUUCAACCACCACGCUCCCGUCGAGGUCAACCACACCACCAUUACCACCGUCGACCUCAAUCCCAUAAAGAGCACAAGGCAGGCCAUUGACAACAAGGAGCGCGUACUCCUUCUCACUCCUCUGCGCGACGCCGCUCCCUAUAUCAACGACUACUUCGACUUGAUCUCGCAAUUGACCUACCCUCACGAGUUAAUCGAUCUCGCUUUCCUUGUCGGUGACAGCACCGACGAUACUCUGGCCGUCCUUGCAAAAGAGCUCGAGCGCAUUCAGACUCGUUCCGACUCGAUUCCCUUCCGCAGCGCUACCGUCGUUCAGAAAGAUUUCGGUGUUCAUUUGAGCCAGAGUGUUGAGGAUAGACAUGGUUUCGCUGCCCAAGGUCCUCGCAGAAAGGCUAUGGGCAAGGCUAGAAAUUACCUUCUCAGCUCCGCCAUGAAGCCUGAGCACAGCUGGGUCUACUGGCGUGACGUCGACAUCAAGGACAGCCCUUCGAAGAUUAUCGAGGACUUCAUCGCUCAUGAUCGCGACGUCCUUGUUCCUAACGUCUGGUUCCACCGUUACGAGAACGGUCGCGACAUUGAGGGUAGAUUCGACUACAACUCAUGGCAAGAGUCUGAAAAGGGCCUCAAACUAGCCGCCACCCUUGACAAAGACACCGUCCUGGCAGAAGGCUACAAAGAGUACGACACCGGUCGUGUCUACAUGGCCAAGAUGGGCGACUGGCGCGAGGACAAGGACGUCGAGAUCCCACUCGACGGCAUCGGUGGUGUCAACAUCCUCGUCAAAGCAGACGUCCACCGCUCCGGCAUCAACUUCCCCUCCUACUCUUUCGAAAACCAAGCCGAAACAGAAGGAUUUGCAAAGAUGGCCAAGAGAGCAGGGUAUGGUGUUUACGGAUUGCCGAAUUAUAUUGUGUGGCAUAUCGAUACGGAUGAGAAGCCCGGAAACGCGUAAAAGAUGAGAUGUUUGAGUUUUUUGUGUCGUCUUUUUGAAGAAUUGUAUUUUUUU